AGGUUUUGCUAAAAAUACAAGCCAAAAACUAAUAUCUAACAGUGAUCCACAAGGAGAAUAGAUUCUUUUUUUCAAAGAAAUCAUAUCUAUCGUUUUAGAGGCGUCGAAUCUCCUUCAAGCAAUUGGGCUAGAACGUGGUACUAUCUUCAGGGAAAGAGUGUUUUGUAGACGUACCGCAUCCAUUUGCAGAGAUCAAAAUGUCCCGGUCAGGUUCUCAGGGUUCUAACAAGCAACCACGCUCAGGAGCACAAUCUGCCUCUCGACAGUCAGACAAAGCAGGUUUUCAAUCUGCAAAAACAAGUUCUGGAAAACAUUCUGCCCUAUCAGUAAUUGAGUCUGUGGUAAAUCCCAAUCACAAUCCAUUUACUGUUCCCCAUGAUAAUGAUGUGUUUAUGCUACGAGACAAGGAACGACAGAGAAAAAAACAGGAGAGAGUUCAGCAACGCAGCUUGAAAGUGCACGAAAAGACAACCUACACAUCACGGGUUAAUGCAAAAACAGCUGCAAUGAGAAAAAUAGCAGAUGAAGGUGACGAUGAAUUUGUUGAAGAAGAGAAAAAGAAAGAAAAGGAUGGAGUGAUUGCUGUGAAAGAUGAUCCUCAGUUCACACUGGCAAUCACAAGAGACCGGCACGUAGAGAAAGAAAAUUUGGCAGACUUUAUUUCUAAGAAAAGGGAAAUGUUUCUGGUUCAGUACUCAUUAGGUGUCAAGCGUGAUGAAAUGAGGAAACUGGAAGAAAUAGCUCAGGCGGAAGAAAAGAAACUUGAACUGGCAGAACAGUACCUUGAGGAAGAUGCUGCAAUGUUUGAUGAAUUUCUUAAAGAGAAUGACAAGAACUCGGUAGAAGCCAUUAAAAUUGCUGAAGCUGAAACAAAACUUAAACUUGAAAAGGUAGCUGAGAUCAAGAAAAUUAAUGCUCAAAUGAUGGCAAUAAAGAGUGAAAUAUCUAAAAAUGAGGACACACUCAAAGAAUAUAUGCUGUACAAACAAUUCCUGGACUCCCUCACUCCACAGGAAUGGAGAGAUGACAAACGAAAAGCAAAGGAAGAGAAAAAGAGGGAAAAACAAAGGGAAAAGAGUUCAUUGACAAAAAAGAGAAUAUCUAUACACACUUCAGACAGAACAUCCAGCCGUGCCAGUCGAAAGGACAGCAGAACAAGCUCUGAGCCCGACUUGUAUUUUGGCGAUCCUCAACAACUUCUCGACAUCUUUGCUGAACUGGAAGAACAAAACUUAUCCCUCAUCCAAAACAGUCAAGAAACCGAAGAAGCUCUUGAGGAACUACGGCAGACGAUCAAGCAAACACAAGAACGGAUGAACCGUGAAACUGAGAUUCUCAAAGGUCAGAUAGACUUCUUAAAUGACGCUAUCAACAGAGAAGAAGAGAGAGCCAAGGAACUAGAAAUGAAAUCAAAAAUGUUUUCGUAUGGUGAAUUUAAAGCUGAAGAUCAGGAGAAAAUGCUACAAAUGUUGAACAAGAAAGUAGAAGAAGUCUAUCGAAAUUGCAUAGGAGAUAACGAAGCUAAUAUCAGUACGCUUCAGAUGUUAACAAAUAUUGAAAAUCGACUGGAAGAAUUGUUUGAGCAAAUAGAAGUUAUGCCUCCUGACCGAGUGGAGAUGGCUGAGAAGGCAAAAGAGAAAGAACGACGCAUGCGUCUUCGCGAGGAGAAAAUGGAACAACAACGAAUUCACCAAGAGGACCGGGUGAGAAGGGCACUGGAACGAGCUCAGGCUGAACCCAAGAAAAAGACUGGCAAACCGCUGAUGUUCCGUUCGGAGCCGCCACAGACACGAAGAAAGCAGCAAGAUGCCGACAAAAAACAAGACAAAGAAGAAGAGGAACUCAAAUACUUUUUUACCUAAAAUAUCCUAGAUUUCUUUGGCAACAGACUUUUUUUUUUUCUUUCUUUUUAACAAAAGUCCUAUUUUAGUACACUUUGGUUUCAACGCUCCUCAUCUGACAAAACCAUUCAAAACAAUCAAUCGCUGGCGAAGGUACAUUCAUUGUAAAUAACUUUCGUGAAGGUUUGGUUCUCGGAUGAAGACUAUUGUAAAGAUUGUAAAAUGCAGAGAUGUGUUUGUGUAAUAUUUAUUGUAGUAUAAAUACAAUUUGAGAUCCAUUGGUAGCAUGA